AGUCGUGACGUGCCCUAACCCGGAAGCGGAAGACGCGCGUUGGUGGUGUAGUGCUGAGGCCCUGGGGGCCCGCAGGGAAGAUGCCAGUUGCAGUGAUGGCGGAUAAUCCGGUCUCCUUCCAGAGGCUUCUAGAGCAGUGCGAGGAGCAAGAGCUGGAGGCCCCAGGAGGUGUCUCUACUCCCCAAGUAUACAGUCAGCUUUUAGUCCUAUACCUGUUGCACAAUGACAUGAAUAAUGCUCGCUAUUUAUGGAAAAGAAUCCCGACCGCUGCCAAAUCAUCCAGUCCGGAGAUUGGUUGGAUCUGGGAGGUAGGACAGAAGAUCUGGCAGAGAGAUUUCCCUGGAAUCUAUUCUUCAAUAGCUGCCCAUCAGUGGUCUGAAAACAUCCAGCCAAUCAUGGAGGCUGUGCGAGAUGCAACACGGCGGCGUGCAUUUGGUCUGGUAUCUCAAGCUUACACAUCAAUUUCUGCAGAUGAUUUAGCAGCUUUUGUUGGACUUCCUGUGGAAGAGGCUGUUAAAGGUGUUGUAGAGCAAGGUUGGCAAGCUGAUUCUGCCACACGUAUAGUAAUGCCCAAGAAGCCUGAUUCUGCUCCCCUUUCUCUGAUCCCCAACGAGCAGCAGCUGGCUAGACUCACUGACUACGUGGCUUUCUUGGAGAACUAGCCCUCCCUCCCAGCCUGACAUCAAGAAUGCACAGAAACAAGAGUUGGGCAGAUGGGGGAUUCUCCCAGCUUCCUUGCCUGUUCUUCUGAAUCCUUACACUUUGCAAUCGUUAUACUCUUACAGGUCGGGCAGCUGUCAGCUAGGACCGCAAGGGUUAGUGAGGAUGGGAACAGACGCUGACAGGAAAUUAGGCAUAUGUAGCGUUUAACCACUUUGUUGCCAGAAAGGCUUUGAUCUUAUGCAUACUCUUGUAUGGCAGGCUGUUCUGGCAUAAAAAUGGUUGGAGCCUUUUUUUUUUUUUUAUAAAGGUUAGCAAUAGUCAGUGACUUUGUUUAAUUCUGAGGUUACCUGAUUAAUUUAAGACUUGCCCUCAGAAACUGCUUCAUAAGACAUUCUCCUUUUUGCUGUUUUUGUGACCUUUUUUUAUUUUUCUAGUCUUCUUGAUAGUAGUGACAUAGGUUAGCAUUUGCCUUCCUCUUAGUAACUUCAGAUCUAUGGAAUGCAAGGUGUUUUCACAGUGACACUCCAUCCGUCUCUUGGGAUUCGUGAGUAGUCCGAAGUCGCCAUCUAAAACGUAAUAAUGCUAUAUAGCGCCCAGUCUGUGUCCUAGUGUUCUGCCAAUGAUCUGUGUGUACGAAGGUUAAAUUGGAAAAGCUGUCUAUAACCAUCCAUAGUCUAUACUGGUAAGACAGUCUACACCCUGGUGUCAUGGACGUUCUUCGUUGCAGAGCUGGUCCAUUUAAAGUGAGUUAACCAUCAGCAGAAGCCAUAGGUCCUCACUUGUUCGACCAACAGAAAUGCAUUUGACGGUCAUAUCAGUUGACUGAUAUUAAAGUCUCAUAAAGAAGACCCAUUAAAAUAUUUACUACACAGA